AUGUGUCAGUGGGCAUGGGUGAGUUUGCUGCCCUGGGCACUGCUCUCUUGGGCACUGGGCACUCAGUUUGGCACAGCGGAUGCUUUGUUCAACUGGAUGAAACGCGAGGAGCCUGUCCCUGCUGCCCCAGUGGACCACACCAUGUCCCAGGGUGACCCUCCGCCCUUUGAGAUGACUGUUGCCGAUGAGAAAUUUCUGUCUGAAGCUAAACAAAUGAACCUUAGCCCUCUGGACAGCUGCCAUUUUAGGGUAGUUUCUCAGCUGAAAGCCACCUGCAGCAGCCUAUCAGAAGAGCAGUUGGCUAAACUGGGCGUGGCUUUAUUUAACUGCCAGUCAGAGGUGGAGGGACGCAAGACUUACGCAUGCACUGAAGAAAUGUCCAUUAAGGAGUGCACAGCAGACAUGGACUCAGACACAUGGAAUGCCUAUCACAUUGUGAGUAAUCGGGCGCGCUCUGUAUGCUAUGCCACGCGUCAGCAGCACUUCCGUCGGCGGGCAGAACAAACGGUUAACGCCCUGAUCUCCACGGCAACCAGCCAGCUGGAUGCCAUGAAGGACCUGAAGGAGGGCCAGCAGGAGCUGCGAGAUCUGACUGCUGCUUCCCUGGAUCGGCUGCUGGAAGGCCAUAGCGCUCUGCAGCUACAGCAGGGUGUGCUGAGAGAGGGACAGGAACAACUGGAUGUCUCCAUCACGGCCAACCUGCAGAGACUGGCCCAGGAGAAGGCUCUGAUCAGCACCGGACAGGAACUGGUGGCUCAACUUAUUCAGGGAAUUACACAGAGAAUGGAGAAUGUAAGUAAACAGUUGAAGGGUCAUGGGUCAGAAGUGCAAGAGGGUCAUCAGGCCAUUCUGGAUGACCUGGCUGAGGUCAGAGGUCGGGCUCAGGACAUGUACAGUAAAAUAGAGGUGAACCUAUUUGGGCUUUUGGAGCAGCAGAACAGCACAGCCCAGUUCUACAUAGAACUGAUGGGAAAACUAGAGCGGAUGAAUGGAACUCUGGGAUACCUGCUGAGGUAUCUGGACAACAUGCAGAACAGGCUAGAGGACAGACUGCAUCUGAUUCAGGGCUACCUGGGAUGGGCAGGGUUGAGUUUACGUGCGGUCUUGACGUGUGUGAUCCAUGCUGGAUAUUUCCUGCUGUGUGCGGUUUUGCUGUCCUUUCUCCAGUGCCCGACUUUCUCUCGCCUCUCUCUGCUUGUUGUCGUGCCAAUCAACGCUAUUGCUGAGGUCAACCAACAGUCAUCUCUCGACCUCCCCAUGCUCACUCUGCUGCUCUUUACUCUUUCACUGGGACGCUGGUUUGUACUGCAGCUUCUGUGGGCGUUGUCCAAACUGAAAGGACAGAACACACGUCCUACCUUGCAACCUCUGCCUCCAGCAAGAAUCAAGACCAAUGAGCAUGAGGUCAUUCAGGAGCACAGCCCCUCCCACAAGCACAGCCACGCCUCCUCAACUCCCCAGAGUAGCGAACCUGCUUGUUUUGAUCAGGAUAGCUUCAUGUUAGGUGACCCUUGCAUCGUGGCUAUGUUGCCCUCCCAGUCUCAGGGCCUGCCCAGGUUUGGACAUGUUGCCCUGGGCACGCCCAACCACUCAACCCCUAGGCUCAAGAGUCGGCCUGGCCUUGCAGGAGGUGUGCUUGAGGGUGUCGCCCAGAAAAACCUCAGAGGCCUGUUGGACACAGUGGACCAAUCACGGAGCUCCAGCCCCAAUCACUCCCUGGCCAGUAAUAGUUCAUUUUCAGGCCGGCCUCUGUGUAGAGGAGUUACCCGUCUGGGUCAGCCAUGUAAGAAAAGAGCCUCUCUGGGUCAAGACUACUGCAGGAUCCAUGACGGGGGGUGUUCCUCCUUCAGCCGCCCCUGA